CUAAAACCCCCCAAAAUAAUACGAGUAACUAAUAAAAAUAAAAAAAAAAUCUUCCAAAAGAUUUAUAUGAAAAAACAAAACAAAAACCCGUUGAAAUCGGAGUCAAAUUAAAGCUCCGUACUCAGCUUAAUCAGGAAUGAUUGUGUUGGAGGGUUGUCACCCUGAACACAAAAUAGUCUCAAAUACUAUGCAAAGCAACCGAUUAGGAAAUGGUGACGCGGCAACCAACAUUUAUGUUCAAAACGAUCCAACACUCGUAUGGGGAUCAAAUGAAAGGAAUGGAAACUUGGGAUCUGGUGAAAUCAUUGCAAAUGCAUCCCAUGACAACGAAGGGCCUGGGGAUGUUUUGGGAACAUCCUCAGAUGGAAUGGCAGGAAAAAAGUGUAUGGGGCAGCAUGAGGACAUGACUCUUCAGGAUAUGUAUAAUAAAGAAGGUGAUUUUGAUGAUGAAGAUGACAGUGACUGGGACCCUUUAGAAAGCUAUAUAUCGAUUGUCCAAUGGAAUUGCAUCAACUGUACCAUGGUGAAUGUUGAUGGUGCCAUUUAUUGCCAUAUAUGUGGAGAGCACAAAGAGUCUGGAAUCCUUAGGCAUGGCUUUCUUGCAUCACCUUUAGAGGAAGCAAGCUCUAUUCUGAAUAUUUCGUUGGAACGAAAUGGGAAACCAGAAGCUUCUUGCUCAAAAACGUCAGCACCACAUAAAUCGACAGCAGUGGGUUUUGAUGAGAGGAUGUUGCUUCACUCUGAAGUUGAAAGGAAGUCUCUUCCUCAUCCGGAAAGGCCAGAUCGUCUUCGAGCAAUUGCUGCUAGCCUUGCAACAGCAGGCAUAUUUCCUGGGAAGUGCCACCCCAUUUUAGCUAGAGAAAUUACGCGAGAAGAACUCCAGAUGGUUCACUCUGAUGAAAACAUUGAAUCCGUUGAACUUACAAGCCAAUGUGUGGCUAGUUAUUUCACCUCUGAUACUUAUGCAAAUAAAGAUUCUGCACUUGCUGCAAGGCUUGCAGCAGGAUUAUGUGCUGAUCUUGCUAAAUCAAUAUACACGGAUCGUGCAAAAAACGGGUUUGCUCUGGUGCGCCCUCCUGGGCAUCAUGCUGGUGUAAAACAUGCAAUGGGGUUCUGCCUGCAUAACAAUGCAGCAGUUGCUGCAUCAGCUGCUCAGGUUGCAGGAGCUAAGAAAGUGCUGAUUGUUGAUUGGGAUGUACAUCAUGGUAAUGGCACUCAAGAAAUAUUUGAGCGGAACAAAUCGGUGUUGUAUAUAUCCUUACAUAGACAUGAAGGUGGAAAGUUCUAUCCUGGUACUGGUGCUGCCACUGAGGUUGGUUCUAUGGGUGGAGAAGGGUACUGUGUAAAUGUUCCAUGGAGUCGGGGAGGGGUUGGAGAUAAUGAUUAUAUAUUUGCGUUUGAACAUGUUGUGCUUCCAAUAGCUUGUGAGUUUGCCCCUGAUAUCACAAUCAUUUCAGCUGGAUUUGAUGCAGCAAGGGGAGAUCCCCUUGGAUGCUGUGAUGUGACGCCUGAGGGGUAUGCCCAGAUGACAAAAAUGUUGACUUCUUUAUCGAGUGGAAAGUUGCUUGUCAUUCUGGAGGGCGGCUAUAAUCUUCGCUCAAUAUCCUCAUCAGCUACAGCAGUCAUCAAGGUUUUGCUUGGUGAAAACCCCGCAAGCGUGUUGGAAAAUGUUGUACCUUCCAGAUCUGGACUACGAACUGUUCUUGAUGUUUUGAAGAUCCAAAACAAUUUUUGGCCUACUCUGGGAUCCAUCCUUUCAGAUCUGCAAACACUAUGGGGAUCGUAUGCUUCGCAAAAAAUAAAAAAGAAGAGAAAACACCGAUUUAUGGUACCACUAUGGUGGAAAGUAGGAAGAAAAAAGUUUCUACAUCACAUUCUCUCCGAGCAGCUACGCCUAAACUCAAGAAAGCGUAUAAAGUCAUCGUUAUGGCUCUAAAUUCUUCCUUAGUCAGUCAUUUUGUACUACCUUUGUUUCUACCAAUAGUCUUAUGACUCUUACUCUAUUUUAAUUAGGGGAUUAUGACUAAUAUUAAGUUUUGAAGAUAUUAUUAUCAUGCUUUUGUUUUUCUUA